CUUUGUUAUCAAUCAUAUGAUAAACAAAACGCCUUCUGAAGAGAUGUUUCACCUGAAGAUCACUUAUUUGGUUAACUCUUAGCACUGAAUAAACGUUAUGUCGAUUCAAAUGAUUGCUUUGUUAUUAUAUUUGUUGAUUGUUUUCAAUGCAAUCAAUUGUCGACAACUAAGUUAUGUUCAAAAUCCAGAUUGUGAUGAAUAUAACAGUUGUAAGCAAUGGACAAACAAAACGACGGAUAAGUUGAUUGACAUCACAUACAAAGAUACAAAAGACUCAAUUCAUUAUUUAUGGUCAUCUGUUUCAUCACUUUCGCCCACUUUAUUGAUAUUUAAGACAACACACAAUACCACAGUUGGCAUCAAUUGGGACUCAUUUCUUGACAAAAACAAAUUUAAACCAUUUCUUAAUAUAAAUAGUGAACCGCUGUUUGGAUUAGGUUUUCAAUUCAAUCGACUCUUCUUUUUUAAUGAUAUUUCCCAAAGUGGUCACUACAUAGAAGGUGAUCCAAUUGCUGAGAUCAAUUGGAAUCAAUUUAAUUGGUCUCAAGUGGUGACACCAAAAGAUGUGAAGGACUCAAUGUCUGUUAUUUCUGCAAAUGCAGACAAUUGUAAGAUAUUCAACGGAACCGUUAGUUUUAAUCUUAGAGUGCGUUCAAGUGAUGGCAGAAAUGAUGAAUUACCACAAUUGACUUACACUGAAUCCAGCGUUUCUCUUGACUUGAAUGUCAUUGAUGUCGAUCUCAAAAAUCACAAGAACUUUACGGGAGAUAAGUAUUUUCCGCGAUUAAUGGCAUCGAUAUCUGUGGUUACACUGAAUGGCACUAAAUCUGCGACUAAACUAAGCAAAACCACAACCAUUGAUGACGAGUACACUCCCGGAGUGUUUGAUAGAAUUCAUUUGGAUUUGGAUUCAACUAAAGAUAGAAAAUUGGAUCAAAACGAGAGACAAGGUUUCAUUCAAUGGAAACCAAUUGCUUAUAAUAAUGACGAGAAAAUCAUUGCUAACACUUUGGAUGUAAUUGCAAGUGAUGUUCAAAAAGGCAACAAUAAUAGCAAAAUUGAUAAUCGACUAAUCGAGACCUUUGUCUAUAAUAAAGAUUUUUCAUUAUUUGAGUUUAAUUUGACAUUUGGUGCAAAUGAUGACACUUCUUAUUACGACAAAAGUAAAUAUAAUUCAUAUUCAUUAGUCAUAGGAUUGGGUUCAGCACCGGAAGAAUCGCUUUCAUUAUUGGUACAAAUGAUAAUUUUGGUCGGCUUUGGGCUACCGGUGCUCGUUAUGAUAGGCAGUUCAGCAUAUCUUAUAUAUAGAAGAAUUAAAAAAAGAAAAAUUGAUAACUUAUUGUUAAACCAAAGUACAGAUAAUAUUAAUCAAUAA